AACAGUUCAGGAAGCAGCUUCUUGCACAAGCCAAAUGAGGAAGCCAAUUGAUGCAGGUCUUCAGAACUCUGAUGGGAGACCCUCAACCACCCACCUCCGGUGCCCCAAAAUCACUGCAGAGAGGGAAAAGAGGAAGGCCACCCCACUCACACCCUGGGAGUCUAAGUGCCAGGCUCUGCCACAGGUCUCUGGGCCAGUCCUACAGUCUAUGGACACCUCAGCAUCUACAUCUGUCUGAGGGGAAUGACCCAGAUGCUCAGCACUGGGCUGCUAAGCCAACAGGGACUCCCAAAUCAAAGACACAAGCCUCCUCCAGCGCAAGCUACCCCAGUCCUUGGAGGCACAGCAGGGCCCUCCUCUAGUUCCCUUUAUUCCAAGUCUCAUUGUUCAAAUGCAAAAGGAGCUGAUGCUCAGGUCCUGUCCACCAGGAGCUAACCCUGGGACACACUAUGCUGCCUCAUUGUCCUCAGCCCAGCAGAGACACCUCUGCUGUUCCAAAACCCCCUAAGGCUGAAAACAGAACACUCGCAGAAGUAUUCAAAGCCCUUGGCUUCUGGCCACUCAGAAGGAGCAAAAUCUAUCACCCCAAAAUGCAUCUCUUUGGCAUAUUAUUUAAGCUGGUCAUUUUCUAAGAAACAGCAGACAUGGGAAAAACAACUCUGGAAACCAAGGAGCAGUUACCCUUUUGUAAGCAUCAUUUACAUUUGUAAGGUUGCCUCCCUCACUUUAUCAAGAAGAGGAGGACAACCAAAUCUCUAGAAACAUAUCAAAGGAAAAAGCAAGGACUGAAAUCUGCAUCACAACCUUACCCAGUUUUACUGUGCUUUUCCUGGUCCCCUCCCAUAACUGACUCCCCACCCUCAACAUCCUCUUUGGUCUUUGGCUGAGAAUGGAUUUAAGCUGAGGGCUUUGGUCAUUUUGUUGAGUUACUCAUUUUAGGGGGGGGGUCUCUCCCACAAGUACAUGUUUAAACUUUGUUGGAUUUUCUUCUGUUAAUCUUUUUCAUGUCAAUUUAAUUCACAGAACAGCCAGAAGGACUAGGUGGGUAGAGGGAAAUUUCUUCCUCCCCUACAAGGCUACACCAACCUGUUGGCUACUCCGCCCACUUCCAUUUCCCCAGCCCCAAGCCUCAGCUCACACAGUGCCCUGUCCGCUGAACACCUUUCCCUACCUCUGCCUCAGAUUUCAGUGAAGUCCCUGCUCAAAAGCCACCUGUCCUCCAUGAGCCUUCCUGGACUCAGAAUUGAUCUCCCUCUCCUCUGCCCUUUCACACCCCUGGAACUGAGUUCCCUUCCUGUUCGCUGCUGUGCCCUUCACAACCUGACCAGAGCCCAGCACCCAGUGUCGCUCUAGACAGGCUCUUUCUUUAUGCAGAUUUAAAUUAGUCCCAGGAUGGGAUUUACCGUCCCCCUCCCCUCCCCCUCUGCAGAGAAUCUCCCAGACUGCUCAGGGAGAAGAGUUCAAAAUGUAGAUUUCUGGGCUGCAGUUCCAGAGAUUCCGAUGCCACAUUUUUUGCGGGGGUGGGGACCAAGAUCUACAUUCUAAACAAACCCCUCCAUGAGAGUCUGAGGCUGAGAUGGGGGAGGGGGCCCACAGGAAGUGAUUUGUGUAAUUCUGAAAGGGAGAUAGCACUGGCCCAAGAGGUGGCAGGUGCUCACCUAGGGUAAGGAAGACAGAGAUUGGGUCUCUGACCACCCUGCCUUUGGCCCUGAGCAGGGUGGCCCUGCUAGCACCCAGCAGUGGGAGAGCGGGAGGUACCCUAAAGGAAAAUGGAUCCUAGCCCACCUUCAAUUCCCCCUUAGUCCUCUGAAAAUGGGUCAGGCCCCUCCCACUGGGGCAGCCACACAGUUAGACUAGCACCCAGAAGGUGCUAAGUGCGGGAAGCUAACACCCUCAGGCCUGAGACUGGUGUGUGGGGAGAGGGGUGUUCCCAGGGGUCGGCCUCAGCUGAGGUUUACAGAGGUAUGGGAGACAGAGGAGUCUUGCCUCUGGCGUCCCACAAGUCAUUCCCCCAGCGCUGGGCGCGGUAUCUCGGCCCCACCCCAUCAGCCUAACCGGCCGGAACCCAACACGUUACCCGGUGGAAGCCAGAAGGGCCCGGCCUCACAGGGCCCUGCCUAAGUAUGCUGGACCAAACGUACCCUUUGGAUUAGACGAGUGGUCUCGAUUGUAGCCACCGCUGGGGAUUCGGCAUUGGGUCAGCCGAGAGUGGACUUUGUAUCAGCCUAGAUGCUGGAGGGCUGAGGGAAUAGUCCCGGCCAAAGGAGAGACAGCGAGAACGUCGUGCGCAGUGACUGUGGCUUAUGCGAGCGCUUCUGUGGGUGGCCUCUUGGCUACCACCGUGACUGAGCAGUAACUUAGAAGAUCGCUGAGCCUCAGUUUCCUGGACUGCAAUACAGGAAUAUAUAAAUGGACCUCACAACACAGGACACCUGGGCUACACACAGAACAGGACGAUGGCCAGCCUGCAGACCCCACUCCUGGCUGCCCUCAUCCUCCUUGCUAUGAUCCUUCAAGCAACAGAGGCAGGCCCCUAUGCUGCCAAUGUGGAGGACAGCAUCUGCUGCCGGGACUACAUCCGUCACCCCCUGCCCCUGCGUGUGGUGAAAUAUUACUACUGGACUUCCGACUCCUGCCGGAGGCCUGGCGUGGUUUUGCUAACCAUGAGGGACAGAGAGAUCUGUGCUGACCCCAGGCUCCCCUGGGUGAAGAAGAUUCUCCACAGGCUGAACAAAUGAGGCAGGCCCUGCCCUGAUGACCGUGGCCUUGGCUCCUUCAGGAAGACUCAUGGAGCCCUACCUCCCUGCUGUUACAGCUGCUCCUCGACACAAGCCUGUGCCAAUGACUCUCAGUGAUCCCUGAUCUCCAUCCCUGUAGCUGUCACCUGCAGUCAAGCCUCCAGCUGUCAGUCACUCGCAUCUCCCCUCUUACCCUUCCAUCCCAUUUUCUGCCCCACCUUAGCCAGAGGAUCCACAGUCUUGGGCAGUCACUCCUCUGCUCAAAAUCCUUCCAUGGCUCCCCACUGCCCAGGCUAAGGUUGGAGCUCUUGAGCCUGGCCCCCCUGACCUCCAGAUCUGGGUCUUAUCCCUAUCUCCAGCCCUGCCUCACUUCCCUUCAUGCAUUUUGGACCUGGCUCCCUGUUCUCCAAACUCAUGUCAUACAUUUCUACUUCUGGCUCUUUUUCUGGGCUGCUCCUGACACCCAGAAUGUCUCCCCAUCACCUGAACAUGUCCGACUCCACUAGCCCUCCAGGCAUCACUUAGCCUAAGCAGCUGGUAAUUGAGUUUCAAUUUUUAGACUUCCCCUGGACCUCUGCUCCCUCUUAACAGCCCUGUUCACAGUAUGCCCAGAAUCCUUGGGACUUGGGUCCCCACUGGCUGGACCAAGAUCCACCCCUGGGUUACUUUUGUCUCCCAGCCUCUAGGAUAGAGCACAGGGCCUGGCUCAGAAUCAGGGCUCAGCAUGAGGCUGCAGACUGAAUCAAUAGAAGUAAUAUGACUCUCCCAUUCCCCAAAGGCCCUUACAUAUCAGUACAGAGACUCAGGUCAUCUAGAGAGGGGCUGGCUGGGUCCAUUGUGAAAACUCAUAUUUGCCCAGAUUCACCUUUCUUUCCCACUUUACCUGUGUGUUGGGUCUCUUUAACCUUGUUGCUUCCCUUGAGUUUUUACUGCUCCUCCAACCUCCAACAUCCAGGUCUGAACUCUUUAGAGUCCCCCGCUUUUCCUUCCUCUUUUCCCAAAGAGCUGAUAACCAAAUUUAUGCUAUGGUGUGAAUGACUGCCUUUGGCUUGGUGUUACAAACUCUAGUUAUAUUUGUAUAUGAGAAGAGGGAAAAUGCUUAAAAGGCCAAAUGGAUGAAUGAAAGAAUUUUAGGAAAUGUGUGGGAGGAGAACAAGGCAGAACUCCUGGCCCUCCCAGUGAGUGGUGUAUUGUUAAGUGAAAGAUCCUUGGAUGGAGGUUUUUCUCAGGUGGCUGGGAUCAGGCUAAGGAGUGGGAUUUGGGACUUAAUCUGCCUCUCCUUGGGGACAACAGAUUCCCUAGGUACCUGUGCUUUUUCCUUUUCGAGGGAGCCUGGUGCAGCUCAGCACUUAGCAGGAUGAUUGUUGCUGUGUGACCCUGAGGAGACCAUCUAACAUCUCUGAGCCUCAUCUGAGAAGAAGAAUACCCACCUUAUGGAUUCACUGAGGGACUCAGAUCCAAGUCAUGGGGAAUGACUUUGCUGGCCAUAAAAUUCAGUGGCUUCCAGGGUUUGUGUUCCCCCUGGAACCCAAGAUCAUUUGCCCACCACAGGUACUGGCAAGUGUUAACCUGUCCACUGCCCAUGUACAGGGCUCUCAAGUGUUCUGGGAUCUCUCUCUGCUCCUGUCCUGCCCUUGCUGCUCAGGCCUUCUGGAAAAUAAAUCCUCUACAACAGU